GCGAAGCUUCUCCUGAGGAACGAGUUGCUGCAGCUAUGGCGGGAUUCAGCGGACUUGGACCGGUCACGAUGGAGCAUUACAAGGCAGCCAUGGUGCUGAGUGGUGCCGGCGAUGCUCUGGGCUACAGAGCCGGGAGCUGGGAGUUCAAUUAUUCUGGACCGAAAAUUCACCAGGAGCUGAAGGAGCUUGGUGGCUUGAAGAAAAUCGACGCUAUGCUUCCUCACUGGCCGGUGAGCGACGACACCGUCCUGCAUCUCGCAACAGCCGAAGCUCUGGUAACAAAAAAGACCGACGAGGAGCUCCUGCAUGAGGUGGCUUUUUGCUACGUGAAGGGAAUGAAAGACAUGACGGGGAGGGCGCCUGGAAAUACGACCAUCUCUAGUGUUUGCCAGCUGAGGCCUGGACAGGAAGGAGGCUACAGAGUGCCGUAUAACUCCAGAGGGGCAGGAUGUGGGGCAGCUAUGAGGUCCAUGUGCAUCGGCAUGAGGUACCCAAAACCCAACCAGCUGCGGUCUCUUGUGCUUAUCGCCGUGGAAACGGGCAGGAUGACCCACCAUCAUCCCAUCGGUUUCCUGGGGUCGCUGGCGUCGGCCCUUUUCGCCUCCUACGCCAUCCAGCGCCGGCCGCUGGCCUCCUGGGGCCUGGGCCUGAUCCAAGAGGCCUGUCCCGUGGCGAAGAAGGUCAUUAAGGACAGCGGCUUCGCUGUGGAGGAAAACGAGAAGGAAUGGGAAUCCUUCUCCAAGAAGUGGCAGGAGUACCUGGAUCUGAGGGGCCUCUCUAACGGAGAGGGGCCGGUGGUCUGGCCCUCCCCUUACGGUGUUGCUGAGCGGGACAAGGCCUAUACGAGCUUUAGUCUGUCCGGCUGGGGGGGGAGCUGUGGCCACGACGCUCCGAUGAUAGCGCUGGACGCGCUGCUGGGCGCCGGCUCAGACUGGGAGGAGCUGAUGAACAGAGCCGCUUUCCACGGAGGCGACAACGACAGCACGGCAGCGAUCGCUUGCUGCUGCUGGGGGCUCCUCUACGGCUACAAAGGCGUUCCUAAAGGCAACUAUUCCAAGCUGGAGUACCGGGACCGACUGGAGCGCUGUGCUGAGCAGCUCUACGCCCUGUCCCGCUAAAAAAAAAAAAAAAAAAAAAACGCAUCCAAUAAUGUCCAACUCUAUUUUACGUGCCUUUAAAACUAAGCUUUCUGGGGUUGUGGGUUGUAAAUCAUCACGUUUAAAUUUAAAUGGAAAAAAAUAUAUAUAAAUUAAUAUAGUAAAGGCAUAUUUAUGCUAUAAAUGUAAGAACAAGAUAAAAAGCAGUGCUUACAAAUAUA